ACUGCCUCAGGUGAUGACUCACCCGCCCUCGGGUCAGAUUUGAGGGCCGCGGUGCUCGUCGGUCCUGCUGCGGGGCGGGCGUCGGCGUGCCCGGUGCGGUGCUGCGGCGACCGCUUGCCCUUCGGUGGCCCAGCGUUUCCGCAGAGCGUUUUCUUCUGUAACGUUUGCGGCCUGCGGCUCGCUGCGAGCGCAGGGCUUUCACAUGAAGGUGUCUCUCGGCAGCGGCGAGAUGGGCGUCUCUGCCCACUUGCAGCCUUGCAAGGCAGGAACUACUCGGUUUUUUACCAGCAACACGCACAGUUCUGUCGUGUUGCAAGGCUUUGAUCAGCUCAGAAUAGAAGGGCUGCUUUGUGACGUGACUCUCGUACCUGGAGAUGGAGAUGAAAUAUUCCCGGUUCAUAGAGCCAUGAUGGCGUCCGCUAGUGAUUAUUUCAAGGCCAUGUUCACAGGAGGAAUGAAAGAACAAGAUUUAAUGUGCAUUAAGCUUCAUGGGGUGAACAAGGUUGGUCUGAAGAAAAUCAUUGAUUUUAUUUAUACUGCAAAACUGUCUCUUAAUAUGGACAAUCUUCAGGACACUCUUGAAGCUGCCAGUUUCCUGCAAAUCCUACCGGUUUUGGAUUUUUGUAAAGUAUUUCUUAUAUCAGGCGUUUCUUUAGAUAACUGUGUUGAGGUUGGACGGAUUGCUAACACCUACAAUCUUAUAGAAGUGGAUAAAUACGUCAAUAAUUUCAUCCUGAAGAACUUCACUGCCUUGUUGAGCACUGGGGAGUUUCUAAAGCUCCCCUUUGAACGGCUUGCCUUUGUGCUUUCCAGCAAUAGUCUCAAGCACUGUUCUGAACUUGAACUCUUCAAGGCAGCCUGCCGCUGGUUGAGGCUGGAAGACCCUCGGAUGGACUAUGCUGCAAAAUUAAUGAAGAACAUUCGAUUUCCACUGAUGACGCCACAGGACCUCAUCAACUACGUGCAGACAGUAGAUUUCAUGAGAACAGACAAUACCUGUGUGAAUUUGCUUUUGGAAGCAAGCAAUUACCAAAUGAUGCCAUAUAUGCAGCCAGUAAUGCAGUCAGACAGAACUGCCAUUCGAUCUGAUUCUACUCAUUUGGUUACCUUGGGAGGAGUUUUGAGGCAGCAGCUAGUUGUCAGUAAAGAAUUACGGAUGUACGAUGAAAGGGCCCAGGAAUGGAAAUCGUUAGCCCCCAUGGAUGCCCCUCGAUACCAGCAUGGCAUUGCUGUUAUUGGAAAUUUCCUUUAUGUAGUUGGUGGUCAGAGUAAUUAUGACACAAAAGGAAAAACUGCCGUUGACACAGUUUUCAGAUUUGACCCUCGGUAUAAUAAAUGGAUGCAGGUGGCAUCAUUAAAUGAAAAGCGCACAUUCUUUCACCUGAGUGCCCUCAAAGGACAUUUGUAUGCAGUUGGUGGGCGCAGUGCAGCUGGUGAACUUGCUACAGUAGAAUGUUACAACCCAAGAAUGAAUGAAUGGAGCUAUGUUGCAAAAAUGAGUGAACCCCACUAUGGCCAUGCAGGAACAGUAUAUGGGGGUUUAAUGUAUAUUUCAGGAGGAAUUACGCAUGACACUUUUCAAAAUGAGCUAAUGUGUUUUGACCCGGACACAGACAAAUGGACACAGAAGGCCCCCAUGACUACAGUCCGAGGGCUGCACUGCAUGUGUACAGUUGGUGACAAGCUGUAUGUCAUUGGUGGCAACCACUUCAGAGGGACAAGUGAUUAUGAUGAUGUUCUAAGCUGCGAAUACUACUCGCCAACUCUUGACCAGUGGACACCAAUUGCUGCUAUGCUAAGGGGUCAGAGUGAUGUUGGAGUUGCUGUCUUUGAAAACAAAAUUUAUGUUGUUGGUGGAUAUUCUUGGAAUAACCGUUGCAUGGUGGAAAUUGUCCAGAAAUACGAUCCAGAAAAAGAUGAGUGGCAUAAAGUUUUUGAUCUUCCAGAGUCACUUGGUGGCAUUCGGGCUUGUACUCUCACAGUUUUUCCACCUGAAGAAAACCCUGGGUCACCUUCUAGAGAAUCACCUCUUUCAGCACCUUCAGAUCAUUCUUAGAUCCAAGGUGUAAUACCUUUUCAGUGUAUUAUGGGUGAUCUUAUACUUCUUCAAUUGUCUCUUAUUACUACAGUUAAUAGACAAAAAGGUAACUUAGGUAGGUUUUCUUGUUUGGCUUAGUAUGUUUAUUAAAUGUCUAACGAGUGCAUUUUGAAAAAUGUAUUAAGUAUAUUCAGUUGUUUAACAAGUGAAAAAGAUACAUAGAAAAAUCAGAAAAUUAGAUGUCUUUUGUGGUGUUAUAUAUGUUAAAUUUAGAUAAUCAUAGUAAAUGUGUAAUUAUGUCUAUUCUACAAAAUUAAAAGUUUUGAUUUGACUGAAA